GACAAGAUUUCAAACCAGAGCGCGGUGAGGGUUAGCUGAAAAUGAUCAAUGACUCCCUCUACGGAUACAACGAUAUAAUAUGACAGACUGUAAACAUGUCAAUAUAAUUUAAAUAAGAGACAAUAGAUAAGGCAGGAAAGUAUCGUAAACGUAGUGUUGUCCCCUUGAUGCCCAGCAAUCCUAGUAAUCAUGAGUGAAACCAUGGGACGUAACGUCGUUCCGCUGUUUAUGAGGACUUACGGAAGAAGUAAAGUCGUUCGAAAGCCAGACGCCUGGCUUAGCCCAGACUACAGAAAAAAGGCUUUCUCCAGCACGGAUGUGUCCGAUCCGUCCUUACUAGACGCGAAUGACAGCUCAGUGCAACUGAAGAAAAGGAAAAAGAAAGGCAGGGCUGCUAAGAGGGCGACGUCAAACUCGAAAGAGGGGGACAGCGAUGUGGAAAACGUAUUCCUAACCGAGCCUGUAGCCAAAACAACCAAAGUGACAAGCCAGAGAAAGCCACCCCGGCAGCCCAUGAGGAAAGGUCGAGGAAGAGUGCUGCUCAGCAGCAUGAGCGAGAAUGAGAAGCCUACCGCGGUCAUGAGGAGAGGCCAGAAGAAGUCUGCACGCAUCUUCAGUACCAGCGAGAGUGAGGAAGACUCUCUGAUGAAGAAUCCCAGAGUCACCACAGUGCUCCAAAAGAACAACUCAAGAGCCAAGACAUUAGACAGCUCAGAGGACUCUGCUGCGCCUGCACCUGGCAAAUUUGUAACUGCUCGGAGAAGAGUCCAGUCAGUUAAAUCAAGAGGACCAAGUUCCAAGCCACCGGUUCUCUGUCCAAGCGUGAACCUGGACUCCUCCGAUGACUUUGCGCGGGCCGCCCCCGUGCUCCCUCGCGCAGUAACCCGCCGCAAGCGGCUUCCCUUGCGGCCGCCCGUCAGCCUGGAGCGCACGUCCUCGGACAUUUCCAUGGGCCCGCCCCCUGGUGGCGUCCGUGUCCACCGCCCACAGUCCCUGCUGAACGCGAGCGCCGAUGACCCGUCCCUGCCCUGCCACGCCCCACUCUUCUCCAGCACGCCGUCCGCUGCCCUGGGCCGGCGUCUGCUCGCCUCGCCCGACGCCUCGCUCAGCGGCAUCCACUUCAGCACCGAGGACAGCGCCACCGACACGGAGCUGCCCCGGCAGCCGCAGCAGAAGCGGCCACGGCGGGGGCCGCUUGCACAUAGCCGCCUCCGAGAGACGACGGCCUCGCGCUCGCCUCUGGCGGUCGCAGGAGAUGACCGAGGCAACGCCGAGCGUCAUCGCGAGGCCGCUCUCUCCGGGACAAACGGACAACCGGCACCAGCAGAGCAGACCGGUCAGGUGAGCGUGGAGCUCGCCAGCCAGUCGGUGGAGGUGGCUGAUAGCCAGGCUGCAGCACCCAGUCCCAUGAAGCCGCCCAGCCAGCUGGCGGACUCUCCCGGUGGAGCUCAAGGGACAGCCGGAGAGUCUGGGCAGGAGGAGCAGCUGGCCAGCCUGGUGCUCUUCUCGCGGGUGGAGGAGGAGGAGGGGGCCGAGGGGGCGGAUGAUGACGAGCAGGCGGCCAGCGGCUUUGUGACGGCCGAGACGCGCCUGGACUCCCUGGUGGAGGCACUGAAGGAGCGGUGUCGGACGGCCAGCCCCGUGGUGAGGCUGCCGCGGACCGACCUCCUCCUCCCCCUGCCCAUACUGGACAGCAGCAGCCAGAUUCUCAGCGCGGGGGAGACCUUCUCCUCUUGCCUGGACAGCCAGCCCGUUGUCCGCACCAGCGCCAGACGGACAGGUCCCGUCUUCGAGCUCUCCUCCUUCUCAGAGCUGCCCAGCCUCUGCGUUACCGACCCUCCGGCUCCACCUACCAUCCCCUCCCCCAGCCAAGCAGAGGCCAUGGAGGAGCCCAGAGAAGAAGAAGCAACAGCACGAGUCGUAGGAGAAGUGGACGAAGAGGAGAGCUGCGUUGGGGAGGGCGGGGAGGCGGCAGGGCUGGACGAGCUGGUGGAGCGUCUGAAGGCCCGCUGCGUCUCCUGCCAGCCCGUCAUCCUGCUGGACGCGCGUCGCCUGUCCCCCUUCCUGCUCCGCCACCACGCCGUCGCCGCAGCCUCGGCUCCUCGGGCGCCAGUGCCCGCAGCGCAGACCGAGCCUGAGUCCGAGAGCUCCAGCUCCAACAGCAGCGCGCUCCCUGCCCCCACCACCCCCUCCUCCUCCAACAGCUCGGCGGGACACCACCUGGGCAAAGAGGCCGGCGAGGGUCAGCCCGAGCGCCGCCGCCUCAACAGGCGUAGGCUGUCGGACAGCUUUUCUAGGGUCAGUGGCGGUGGCGCCAGUGGGUCGGGCUCCUCUCCUGAGCGGACCGUGCUGGCGAGCAGGAGCAAGCAGCCCGUGGGGCGAGUGGGCACGGGGAGGAAGGCCUGCGUCAGCGGCCUCAGCGUCAGCCGCUGGACCAAGCGGGACACGAACUUGGCCCGCGCCCAGCACAAUGCGCACGACUCGCUGGACUUUGGCCCGGCAGCUGUGGCCAAACCCAGCAAGGAGCUUUUGUCCAACUGGCCAGCGCUGCCUGUCACCCCGGCGCGUGCGGAGCAGCUGAACAUCUCGUCCAUCCUGGCCGGCCUCUCCCCAGACGCGUCCCUCUCCACACACAUGUGGAGCCGGCUCAAAGCUGCCCUGUCCGUCCACAAGAAGAAAACCGCAUUCGCUACCCCCCACCGUCUUGGCUUGUCUAGCAUGCAGUCUCCCGCAGUGCAGCGGCUGAAUGCCAGUCAGGACAUCUUUGCCUCACCGUCCCUUGCUCCCUUGACCCGUCUGUCCCGGGGUUCACUACACUCCUCUCAGCUCUCGGUGGCGGAGGACAUCAGCGACGCGGAGAAGGUGUACCAGGAGUGCCAGCAGGAAGGGCCGCUGACAUUCGACCAGUGCAUCCCGCCUGCCCGCAUGAAGCUCUGCCGCAAGAUUGGAGAGGGCACCUUCGGCGAGGUGUUCUCCACCACCAACAGCGACGGCCAACCGGUGGCGCUCAAGAUUAUUCCUGUGGAAGGCAAGCAGAAAGUCAAUGGGGAGGACCAGAAGAGUUUUGGAGAAAUCCUCCAUGAAAUUAUCAUCUCCAAGGAGCUGAGCAGCUUGGAUGAGAAGGAGGAAAACCGAACAUGCGGUUUCAUCGGCCUGCAUGACUUGCACUGUGUCCAGGGCCCAUACCCAAAGCAGCUGCUGAGCGCCUGGGACAAGUUCGACAAGAAGCGCGGCUCCGAGAACGACCGGCCAGAUUUCUUCGGUGAGGAGCAGUUCUUCUUGAUUCUGGAGUUUGAGUUUGGUGGCAGCGACCUUGAAAACAUGAACGGCAAGCUGUCCUCUCUGGCUCAGGCGAAGAGCAUCCUACAGCAAGUGACAGCUGCGCUGGCCGUGGCUGAACAGGCCUUGUGUUUUGAGCACAGGGACCUGCACUGGGGCAAUGUCCUGGUGAAGACCACCAAGCAGAAGGAGUGUGACUACGUCCUGAGUGGUGAAACCCGCUCCUUAGAGACCAGAGGGGUGCAGGUCAACAUCAUCGACUACUCCCUGUCUCGACUGGAGAUAGAUGGUUUGACGGUGUCCUGUGACAUCUCUGCUGACGAAGAGCUGUUCAUGGGCCAGGGAGAUUACCAGUUUGACAUCUACCGCAAAAUGCGCGAGGAGAACCGUAAUAACUGGAGUGAGUACCACCCCCACACUAAUGUGCUGUGGCUGCACUAUCUGACGGACAAGCUGCUGGGGAUGAAGUACAAGAGCAGUGCUCAGGGAGCCCAGGCGAGGGCGCUCAAGAGCAGCCUGCGCACCUUCCUCCAGGACCUGCCGGCCUUCCAGUCGGCCACCGACGUGCUUCAUCGCAGCAGCCUGUUCCCGUGAGGGCGCAAAGAGCCGCCGGGGCGCCUGGACUGUUUUAGAAGGACACAGCCUGUGUGCCGCUCGCGCGCGCACACACACACACACACACACACACACACACACACACACACACACACACACACACACACACACACACACACACACACACACACACACACACACAGACUCACUCAGUUUUGAUGUGUGUGUGUGCUGCCGUUGGAUGCAUUUUGGUGUCAGUUAUAGAGGGUUUUCCAGGACUUCCUGAAGUUGUACAGAAGCGUACUGGAUACUAACACUUUUAAAUAAAUCCAUUUUGAUGAGAGCCGACUGGCAAUCAUGGAAGAAAUUGUAAAAAUGGGAUUAAAAAUAAAGUAUUUUUAU